AAGGGUAUGACCUUCCUCGGGGUUUGUCAUUCGACAGGGUAAUGGCAGAAAAACAAAGUCCCAACAAUGUAAUCUACCCCGUUCUACCACCAAUUCCUGAGCACAUAAGAAAACGAAUAAUACAAAAUUUUUCUUUAGAAGAUAGACAACCAAAGCAUCGGAGUAAUGUAUCCAGUGGUGUUUCAAGUAACAGCGUCGGCAUCGUUAAAACCAAAGACAAUAAUAGAACAAGCGCAACAACAAGAAUAACCAACGGUGUAAACCAUUCAGUCGUUCCAAAAGGUCGUCGAACGAAUGGAUAUCUGAGUGAUGAAGGGACAACUUCCACUUUAAGCGAAUUGUCUUCGUCGGAUCACGAGUCUAGCUUGGAUGGUUGGGACAAUUAUCAAAAUUCCGCGGUUGGGGGUUCACCAGAAAAUAAUCAAAAUCGCUCUGGUCAUUCAGAUAAUGAUCAAAAUUCUAAUAUUGAUGAGUCAGAGGAAAAUCAUUAUACAAUUCCUGAUGACUCUGACCAGGAUUCUAUAGAACCUUAUUAUGGUCACGAUUCUCCUAAUGAAAACAACAUUACGAAUGGUGUAAAGUUAAAAAAUUCGAUAGCAUCUCCAUUCACCUCAUCUCCACGUGAUAAACAAUCAAAUAUGACACCAAAAA